UACAGACAGCGAAAGAUCAAAAGUCAAAAUUAAAAAGUUAAAAAGCAAAUAAAACAAAAAAGUAAGUUUCUUACGGUUUUUCAUAACGAUCGGGCGGUUGUAGUGUAUUGACUUCUCCAUUUUUAUCUUAUUUCUAGGAAAGGUGAUUUAUAUUUUGUAAAUCGUUAGUAUUUCGUUUUAACGGGUUAGAGGUUAGAUACGUUGAGCAAUCUAACCUCACUAUAGCGCUCUGGAACGUUCGUUCGUCGUAUUUUUCGAUAAGGGUUUUCUAACAAAACUGUUUUGUGAAUAGUAUAAUAAUUUUUGCAGCUGAAACGAUAACUCAACGUAACGAACCAUGGCAAUGAUGUUAGCAACUCGCUUAUGUAGCAGAGCAGUGCCUCUUCAAAAGUCUCUGCAGUUGAAACCUUUACAGUGUAAGAGCAUUGUCAGGACAUUAGCCGAUGACGGCAGAGAAGCGGCCGCUAGGGCUGCUAGACGACGUGUUACCCUCAAAGAAAGAGCCAUGGCACCAGCAGGAGAAACUGCUUUUAACAUUGGAAAAGGUGCUUUGGCAGGUGGCUCUGUACUUGGUAUAGGAGCAUUGUGUUACUAUGGUCUUGGAUUAGGACAUGAUGUGGGCGCUUUUGAAAAACAACACUUGUGGCCUCAGUAUGUUAAAGACCGUAUAAAGAGCACAUACUUGUAUUUUGGUGGAUCAAUUGCAAUUACAGCAGCCAGUGCUAUGGCAGCUAUCAGAUCACCUGCAAUUAUGAGUCUAGUCACAAGGAAUGGAAUCAUGGGUAUGGUGAUCAGCUUAGGUGCUAUAAUGGGUACAGGCAUCCUUUGCCAAAGCUUGGAGUAUAAGGAAGGCUUUGGUGCUAAGCAACUUGCUUGGAUCCUUCAUGCAGGCACAAUGGGUGCUAUACUAGCCCCCAUGUGUUUCCUAGGAGGGCCACUUCUCAUUAGGGCUGCCUGGUAUACAGCUGGAGUGGUGGGAGGGCUCAGCACAAUUGCUGUGUGUGCCCCUAGUGAGCAGUUCCUCUACAUGGGUGGCCCCUUGGCUAUGGGAUUGGGAGUAGUGUUUGUCUCUUCCAUUGGGUCUAUGUUCCUGCCUCCUACAACAGCACUUGGUGCUGGAUUGUACUCAAUCAGUUUGUAUGGUGGAUUGCUGCUCUUCUCUGCUUUCCUGUUACAUGAUACACAAAGGAUCAUUGCUCAGGCUGAGAGGUAUCCUACUUCUCCAGGAUUGUAUGGAGUCAAGCCAUAUGAUCCUAUCAAUGCGUAAGUAUAUUUUCAUUUGUAAAUAACCAAUUAUUUGGUAACCAAGUAAUUUAUGUGUGCACUUGAUUGAUUUUGGAACAUCUUAUAAUGCACCCUUUGUUUAUUGGACUGUAUACAAUGAAAAUGUAGAAAAAGGAGGCAUUACAUAGUAUUUUUGAAAAAAGAAGGGAUGUAUGGCAAAACGAAACAUUCUUUGUAUGUGCAAAUAUAUUUAGAAUUUCUUCUAAUUAAAACUGCAUAAAAACCAGUGUCGGAGAUAUAAUUGUUUAAAAGAGAACUCGCACACUUUAUACUCGUAGCGCAUUGCUUAUGCAGUAUAAUCAGAACGUGGUCCCACAAGUCCUCCAACUUCUUUUGGCUCAAAUGGUAUUCAACACGCCACUUUUUGCAAUACUCGACGCGAUGUCCCCUGUUAGCACAUCACUGCUAUCAGGGCAGUACUAGCUCAACUAUGGAGUAUGUACUAAUUGUAUAUGGCCUUGAUGUUUGGUUGACUUGACAUAUUUUUUUGUUAUACAUAUUAUAGCUCAAAGGGACUAACUUGAGCCGAAUCUAAUCCUUUAUGAACUGCUGCAAAAUUGUGGUGGGCCGUAUCAUACGGCCGUUACACAGAUUCCAUUGCACAAUUUUCUUUGAUAGCACUGGUUUAGGCCAGUUUUUUUAUACUGCAAAUGGGUCUUUUCUAUUUAAACAAGUUGCAGGCACAGAUGUUUGAUGCAUGUUGUACAAUAAGGUUCAGCCUCCCCUCAUUAAACCUUGUCUAUGCACGCCACUGAUUUUCAUCGUGUACUUCUGGUACUACCCAUGUUAGAUUCUUCUGUUUGCCUAAAACUACAACUACUAAUUGUGGCACCAAUCAUUUUGAGCAAAAUUCUUAUUUUACUUCUGGAAUUAUCUGCCUGUCUUUCUCAAAAUUCUUUAGCAUGUGGGAUGAAGUGAGCUCAAAAAAAAAUAUCACAAAUCGUUAGCAACCUCGGACACGAAGUAUGAGGAGGAUGACCAUAUACUUAAUUUCCUUUUCAUACAAUGUAAACAAAAAUGAAUAAGCCUGCAAAACCAGUGGAGCGCAUAGGAAAGGUUUAAAUAUGUUGUAAUGA